UUUUGUUUUUGUUUUGUUUUGUUUCAUACAAAUUUUCUUCUUGUGUGAAAAUGACAGAGCGAAUUUAGGGGUUACGAACGCUUUGUUGGGUAUCAUCACGUUUGUUCCUCUCUUCAUAGACACGUAGACCGCAUGAGAAAACUAAAGAGCCUGGAUCCUGGUUUAAAUUCUGAGCCCACGCUCUUUCUUUCUUUAAACAAACCGCAAAAUUUUGGGAGGAAGAAAUAUAACUUCAUUUACAACUGCACGUGUAAUCUAGUUUGGUAACCAACCCUGAACUACUAUCUACGCCGACAAGUUCCUAUGGAUUACCCGAUGAGCGCCAAAACAGUGGUGAAGUCGCAGUCCUUUCGGAACUGUCGAAUUCAAAUUAUCAAAGGAGACUAUUCGCUUUCGACGCAAGACGGAGGAGAUUGUAUGGUCGAUGUUUUCGGAGAUCCUUGUAGCGGUUCACUUGAUAUUCGUGUCAGGAGUGGCAAUGAAUACAUGCCAAGUUUCAGAGUGACGAAAAACACAGACCACUGCCAAAUGGGUCGGCUGAGAUACCUUAUAGAUCUUCCCGAGCAGAAUUUUAGUGUUCUUCUCAGUUUUUCGCACAGAGAAGAUGUCAAUGACUUUAAAGAACUGUUAAAUGCUGCUUCUGGUAGAAUGAAGAAGCGUUCACUUUUUGAUGAAAGGACAGAAAAGGCAUCAGCCAGUCAGUAUUUUCAGUUUUAUGGAUAUUUAUCGCAGCAACAAAACAUGAUGCAGGAUUAUGUGAGAACCUCAACAUAUCAAAGAGCAAUGUUGCAGAAUCACACAGAUUUUCAGGAUAAGGUAGUAAUUGAUGUGGGGGCUGGAUCAGGGAUCCUUUCAUUCUUUGCUGUGCAGGCAGGAGCCAAAAAAGUUUAUGCCAUAGAAGCCAGCUCAAUGGCCUCACAUGCGGAGGCUUUGGUCAAACACAAUAACCUUUCAGACAAAGUGAUUGUGAUUCCUGGAAAAGUUGAAGAGGUAGAGAUUCCAGAAAUGGUAGAUGUAAUCAUUUCAGAGCCAAUGGGUUAUAUGCUCUACAAUGAAAGAAUGUUGGAGAGUUAUCUUCAUGCUAAAAAAUGGCUUAAACCAGAAGGUAAAAUGUUUCCAACAACUGGUGAUCUACACGUGGCUCCAUUUUAUGAUGAUGCUCUCUAUAUGGAACAUUUCUCUAAAGCAAACUUUUGGUAUCAGAAUUCGUUCUAUGGAGUUGAUUUGUCCAAUUUGAGAGAAUCUGCAUUAGAGGAAUACUUCAGGCAACCAAUUGUGGAUACAUUUGACGUGCGCAUUUUGAUGGCCAAACCGGUAACGCACACUGUAAAUUUUCUCAGUGCCGCAGAAGAAGAUUUGCACAGAAUAGAAAUUCCUCUGCAUUUUAUCUUGCACACUUCAGGAACAGUCCAUGGCCUUGCCUUCUGGUUUGAUGUUUUAUUCCAAGGAAGCAACACUCCAGUGUGGCUCUCCACCGCACCACAAGAGCCUCUCACCCAUUGGUACCAGGUUCGAUGUCUUCUUCAUACACCAAUAUUUGCAAAAGUUGGACAGGCAUUGUCUGGGAAAGUACUUCUAACUUCUAACAGGAGACAGAGCUAUGAUGUAGAAAUUGAACUUUCACUUGACGGAACAAAGGUCAGAUCAACAAACACACUAGACCUGAAAAACCCUUACUUCCGCUACACUGGUACCCAGACCCCUAUUCCUGCAGGGUGCAACUCUAUUUCCCCAACAGAGCUUUACUGGAACAUGGCUAGCUCUACAGGAACUGGUGCAAAUGCUGGGACUGAGAAUGGCCUGGAUGCUGGUUGUGGAGCAGGCAUUAUGGGCAAUGGACUUGUGGUCAAUGCAGUAGGAGCUUAUAGUGGAGGAGGCAUUUUAGGCGCCACACCCUAUGCCUUGGGAGGAAUUCCAAGUGGUCUGCCCAUAGUCAGUGCUGUUCCAAAUGCAUCCACUAUUGAAGGAAGUUCCAGUCACUAUGUUGGCAGCAGAUAUGUAGUGGGUAACCAGGCAGCCAUCAUACAUGGUUACACUGGGACAAGUUGUAGUGAAUAUGUCACCAGUAGAGGUUCUCAACACGCAAUGGUGUACUCCAGAUAAGCUGUCAUUUUUGCCAGUAUCAACAAGCCCACUAUGAUUUUAAAUACAUCAAAGUGCACUGGAGUUUUUUUAAGGGAGGCAAAUCACUUUGUCAUCCAGCGCACGUUGUGUGCUUGUAUGUGGUGAUUGAAUGGCUAGAAGUCAUUCUCGCCUAUGAACACGUGGCAAACCAAUGAAGUAUUGGGUAACUUAAAAAUGAUAUAGUUUUCAAUGGAUACAUGGAAAUGAAAGAUGAUACACCUGCACUUGCAUGUGUGGUGCUUGGUUUUAGCUUUGAUAAUUAGAUCAUGUAGAACAGACCUCUUGGAUUUUCUUCGCAUAUUAUUAUCACACAAGUAUUUUGUAGGGCUGUACACAGACUGUUUUAGUCAUUGAAGAUACUUGGUGAAUUCUCCUUCUGGACAGUGUUUUUUUCAUUUGGCUAAAUGCAUUUGAAAUAUAUGUAUAUAUAGAUAUACAGGCUUGAAAAUAACUAAGACAUCCUUGAGUUUGUAACUUCGCUUCAAUGGCAUCUUGGGUUUUUUUUUUUUUUAAAUCCAAAGAUCAAAUGAUUAACUGGAAGCAGGAGUGGCCUGAAGUAAAUUUAACGUUUUUAAUUCUAAGUAAUGACUCAAAGAGAGGGGACAUAUUUUCAUGGCUUGUCAAGAUUUUGAGUACUGUAAAUGAGUGAGAGCUUUGUUUCUAAUUGCAAUUGAUGUUAUGGGUACACAAAUUCGAGCAAUGCUGGUCAGGUAGUUCAAAGCGAAACUUGUAUGAUACAUUAUACCCAUACUAUAACCUGAUUGGUAAACAUUGUGCGAGGCACUAACAUAUCCUUGGACCAUGUUGAAAACUGGUUCAAGGUAGAAUAAAUUAGGAACAGUCCCUGCCUUUCAGCAAAAUCCAUCUAAUGAAUGUUAAAAAAAUCUGAAAACAGAAAUCGAUGUUAGUGUUCCGCAUGGAAAUCCCCCAAGUUCUAUACAGUACACCAACAUAAAUUUUUGCUUUCACUGAUUACUUUUUACUGGCACGACUGACUUUGCCCCAAAGGAGGGAAUGCAUGUAGUCUUGGUUCAAAAGGAGUCUAAGAAUUCCUUUUUGCUUGACACACAACAUUUACAUUUGUCAUUUUUUUGUUUUUUUUGUUUUAGUAGUAAAUAGUUUCACGUUAUUUGUUAGUUCUAAGUGGACUAAAAUGUUACAUCACUGACAGUAACCUUAGAGCUGCUUUCUUGCUCAAUUAAUUUGUUAUAAAUAAGUUAUCAAUGAAGCCUGUAUUAUGAAUAAUGAUUACAUUGUAAGAAGAGUUAGGCAAUAUCUUUGCAUCAGGUUCCACUUUAUUUUGAGUGUUGUGAGUAUGCCGCAUCAAUUUUUAAGAUCUGUACAAAAUAAAUAAAAUUCAGUUUCAUUUUAGCUUUA